GAAAGCAGCUGCACAUGCCUUACUUGGAUCUCCGUAACAUUAAUCAUGUUUGGAACAUCAGUCGCUUUGUCAAUAUUUUAUUAUUGUGUACCGCGACUAAUAAGACAUAUGAAAACAGAGUCAAAGCCCUCACUGUUAGAACAACUUAAGGAAGCAUGCCGAGAUGGCGAUGUGGACAAGUACUUUACAUUAAAAGAGCGGGACAACAGUCUGUUAUCUGCAUAUGUUGAUAAGAAUGGAUGGAGUUUACUACAUCAUGCAGCGUAUGGAGGAAGUGAAAUAAUUUUUAAAGAUUUGCUUGAACAAAAAGAUUUUGAUAUACAUAAAAAAACAAAGUCUUCAAAAACUGUUUUACAUAUAGCUGCAAAAGAAGGCAGAAAAGAAAUAUGCAGACUAAUCAUCGAUAAUACAGAAUAUGAAAAUCUUCUUGAUAUGAAAAACGAUAAAGAUAUGAAUGCAGGGCAUAUUGCAGCCAGAUAUGGACAAACUGAUAUCAUAGAAAUGUUGAUGAAAACAAGAUGUGACUUGCUGGAAAAGGUUGGACCCCUUCUCGAAAACAUUGCUAUAUUCGCAUGCAAAGGCAGAAGUCUAGAAACGAUGACAUUUAUAGGCAGCCAUCAAAAUCUAAAAGUUGCCUUGCAUGAGAAAAAUUAUCAGGGCUGGAACGUUGCACACUAUGCAGCAAAAAGUGGGAAUUGCGAGAUUCUGGAGUAUUUAAUCGCGGAGGAAGGAGUUGACUGUAUAAAUGAAUCAACGGAUGAAAAGAAAAACUGUCUUCAUACUGCAUGUGAAAAUGGUCAUUAUGAAGCCUGCAAGUGUUUGAUUAAAAAUAAUUCUGGUUUAUUACAUUUAAGAGAUAUCAAUAGAAACCAUGCCGGACAUUACGCUGCAAAGAAUGGAAAUAUCACGAUAAUAAAGUAUUUAAAGGAUCAAGGACUUGAUUUAGAAUUAACAAAUAAGGAAAAUGUGAAUAUACUGCAUAUAUCCUGCUUGCAUGCACACUUGGAACUGUUUAAGUAUUUAGCAAAAGAAUUCCCAAGACUUUUAAAUCAGAAAAGUAACAAAUCUAAGAAUGCAGUUUUAUUCGUCAUGCAGCGGAAAGACGAUGAAGAUAAACGUAUAAAAAUUCUGUCUUACCUAGUUAAUAGAGGACUUGAUGUUUAUCACGUACCUGCUUCUGGUAAAUCGGCAUUGUACCUGGCCUGCAAGAACAGGGCAUAUUCUCUCUGUGAACAUUUGUUGAAAAACUACCCCAAAUUUUAUGAUAUUGAUGAGGGAGACUUGACCGCUAUAGAAGCAGCUGACAAUGAUAGCAGAAUAAAAGUAUUAUUCAGCAAAUACGAUCCGAAACACAAAACCUCAUCAAGAUACGUGGAGAAAAUUUGCAUAAUAUUGUAAACAUUGAUUUUCAUUUUUUAUCUUCAGUGCAAUAUUUAAAUUAAUUAAUUAAUGGGGCUGACCAAAAAGCGUUAUGAUCCCAAGAAAUAUUGAUGCUGUGAAUACAAUGAUAACAGAAGAUGCAAGAUACACAGUGGAAAAUAUUUCAAGGUCCCUCCAGGUUUCAACGGGAACAGUUCACAAAAUUAUAACAAAAAAACUUAAUCUUGGGAAAGUUUCAGCCAGGUGGUUGCCUCAUUUUGCCUCCAGAUUGGCCAUUGGCAGUGCCAUCUAUCUACCUUUUAGGUAUAUAUGUACAUAAAGACGAUUAUGCUGAGUUCUCCUGGUCUUGGAUAAAGAGAAUUGAAAGAUGUAAUAAAGUAAAUGGGGGAUAUUUU